AUGAGCUGGAGGCGGCGGAGGAACUUCGCCUUCCUGGUGUUGACUCUCCGCGUAUGGUGCCUGUCCACGGCCGCAGAAGAGGCUGACAGCCAAGGUGAGAACGCUCCAAAUAAAUGUUUAACGUUGCUCUCAAUUGACAUUUUGUUCAUUGCUCACCUGGUGCUCCAGAUAUGGAGCCCCAACCAGGUCACCAUGCGUAAUUUGGGUCUGUUUGCAAGCCACUACACUGAGACACAUUACAGGGAGGAUGGAAGUGCAGUCACCGGGGCUCACAACUUCACGAAUAACUGCUACUACCACGGGGAAGUGCAGGAGCAUCCGAACUCUGAUGUUACUGUCAGUGUCUGCUCGGGCCUUCGAGGCUUCAUCGCAAUUGAAAACAAAACAUUUAUCAUCGAGCCUCUCAAUGGUCAUGACACUGGGGCCCACUUCAUAUUCCGAGUGGAGGAGCUGAGUCUGGCCCCUGGAGCCUGCGGCCAUGGUUUUAACUUGUCGUCUGUUGCCCCUGAAAACCACAUCAGAACUCCCUUCCAGUCCUUCCAUACGCGGCAUAAAAGGCAUACUCAGAAGACAACCAAGUAUGUUGAGCUGAUCAUUGUUGCGGACAACAGAGAGUUUCAGAAACAGGGAAAGGACUUGGAAAAAGUGAAACAGCGACUGGCAGAGAUAGCCAAUUAUGUGGACAAGUUCUACAGAGCCCUCAACAUCCGGGUGGCUCUGGUGGGUCUGGAGGUGUGGAGUGAUUCUGAUAAAUGUCCCAUCACUCAAGAUCCUUUCACCACCCUGCAUGAGUUCCUGGACUGGAGAAAAGUGAAACUGCUGCCACAGAAGCCUCAUGACAACGCUCAGCUAAUAAGUGGGGUUUACUUCCAGGGCACCACCAUCGGCAUGGCGCCCAUUAUGAGCAUGUGCACGGUGGAGCAGUCCGGAGGCAUUGUCAUGGUGAAGGGCAGUUGUCUUGCUUAUCAGGCUCGUCAAAAAGUGAUAGGUUUAUGCAGCUUCCUGCAGCAGCUGUCUCCACUAGCAGAUCACUCGGAGAACCCACUUGGUGCAGCCGUGACUUUGGCACACGAGUUGGGGCACAACUUCGGCAUGAACCACGACACCCCAGAACGCGGAUGUGGCUGCAGGAUGACUGCUGAUCGUGGAGGCUGCAUCAUGACUCCUUCCACGGGGUAUCCCUUCCCAACGGUGUUUAGCACAUGCAGCAAGAAGGACCUUGCGGCCAGUCUGGAGAAAGGUGUGGGAAUGUGUCUGUACAACAUGCCGGAGGUCAAGGUGCUCUAUGGAGGACAGAAAUGCGGCAAUGGCUAUGUGGAGGAGGGAGAAGAGUGUGACUGUGGGGAACCAGAGGAGUGCAUGAACCCGUGCUGUAACGCCACAACAUGCACCCUGAAGGGAGACGCGGUGUGUGCCCAUGGACAGUGCUGUGAAGAUUGUAAGCUCAAACCUGCUGGCACUCUGUGCCGAGAGUCCAGUAACUCAUGUGACCUGCCAGAGUUCUGUUCCGGAGCCAGCCCUCACUGCCCAGCCAAUGUUUAUCUACAUGAUGGACACGCCUGCCACAGCGUUGAAGGCUACUGCUACAAUGGCAUCUGCCAGACUCACGAGCAACAAUGUAUCACCCUAUGGGGACCAGGAGCUAAGCCUGCCCCUGGCAUCUGCUUUGAAAGGGUCAACUCGGCCGGUGACCCCUAUGGGAACUGUGGGAAGGACUCUAAAGGCUCUUUUGCCAAAUGCGAUGCAAGGGAUGCAAAAUGCGGUAAAAUUCAGUGCCAGGGUGGAGCCAACAGACCAGUAAUUGGAACAAAUGCAGUGUCCAUUGAAACCAACAUCCCGUUACAAGAAGGAGGACGAAUAUUGUGUAGAGGGACACAUGUUUAUUUGGGCGAUGACAUGCCGGACCCGGGACUCGUUCUGGCCGGAACGAAGUGCGGAGAAAACAUGGUGUGCCUGAACCGGCAGUGCCAGAACGUCAGUGUCUUUGGCGUGCAUGAGUGCUCAGGGAAGUGCAGUGGACGUGGGGUAUGCAACAACAAGAAGAACUGCCACUGUGAGGCCCACUGGGCCCCCCCUUUCUGUGAGAAAGCAGGUUUUGGUGGGAGUAUUGACAGCGGGCCAAUGAGACUGGCAGAUGUGCGUGUGUGUGUAUUAAUGUGCGUGUUGUCGUAUAUGGCAUCAGCCGACAGUGUGCUCAUUACUGUGGCAAUCCUGGUCACCCUGGUCGGCCUUUUGGUGGCGGCCGUAAUCAUCUUUCUGAAGAGGAAGACUCUGCUGCGCCUCCUCUUCACCAAUAAGAAGAGCACCUUGGAGAAGCUCAGGUCUUUGGAGGCAAACCUGCCAAACAGCCCCAUCAGGACCGAAUCCAGGUACAGACCCACACCACGCCGCAAGCCCCCGCCCAAACCCUGUGCUGCCAACAUCUAUAAGCCAUCUCUCCUGAGCACGGAGCCUCUUCUCCCUCCACACAACUUCCACUCUCACAGCCUGCGCAGACUUCCCUUCUACCAGCCUCUGCACAUCAGCCAGCCCAUGCCUGUGUCCCUGAAUGUGGGCCAGCCCACGCUGCCUCCUCUGCCUCCUCACCUUCACCAGGUCCUGCCCACCCACACGUCUGUUUCGCCACCAUCAGUGCCACCUUUCCUCAGUCUGCCCCGCCGACAGCCAUCAUAUAGAGCAUACCAGGAUUUUGAGACGCCUAGUCCACCGCAGAAGCCGCUUCCUGCAGAUCCGCUGGGGAGAAGCUCUCGGCUGGGUCACAUGGCCGCAGCAGGGGGGGGUCACAUCCCCGGGGCCGGGGCCCUCCCGGUUCCCAUCCCCACUGUGCCCAGGCCUCCACCCAGCAUCCCUUUACCGAACAGGUCUGUAGGGCAGAAGAGGAAGCCCGUGUACUGGACGUCCCUCAUACCAGUCAUGGCGAUGCUGGUUUAUCUGUUUUCAUGUUUACCUCUACCGGUGUUGCCCUACAGACCACCAAAGAACCAUGAGGACUGCUGA